GUGUGUGUGUGUGUGUGUGUGUGUGUGUCAGUCCGUCAGUCAGUCAGGAAAAAGUACCCAAUUGUCAUACUUGAGUAAAAGUAAAGAUACCUUAAUAGAAAAUUACUCAAGUAAAAGUGAAAUUCACUCAGUAAAAUACUACUUGAGUAAAAGUCUAAAAGUAUUGAGUUUAAAUAUACUUAAGUAUCAAAAGUAAAUGUAAUUGCUCAAAUAUACUUAAUUAUCAAAAGUAAAAGUACAAAAUAUUUUUAUUCCUUAUAUUAAGCAAACCAGACAGCACCAUUUUCUUGUUUUUUAAAUAUACAUAUAGCCAGGGUAACACUCAAACACUUAUACAUCAUUUACAAAUGAAGUAUUUGUGUUUAGUGAGUCCGCUAGAUCAGAGGAAAAAGGGAUGACUGGGGAUGUUCUCUUGAUACGUGUGUGAAUUGGACCCUUGUCCUGUCCUGCUAAGCAUUCAAAAUGUAACAAGUGCUUUUGAGUGUGAAGUACACAAAAUACAUGAUUUCCUUUAGGAAUGUAGUGAAGUAAAAGUUGUCAUAAAAUAUAAAUAGUAAAGUACAGAUAACCCAAAAAUUUUUACUUAAUUAGUACUUUAACGUAUUUUUACUUAAGUACUUUACACCACUGGUGCGUGCAUGUACUGUAUGUGUGGAUGCAUGUGUCUGUGCAUGCCAUGGACAAUGCAUACAACUUUACAUGAGCAGUUUCUAAGCCAGCAUAGAUCUGCAGCAUCUGCUGUGACGUUGAACAAUUAAGCCUCGUUUUGUUAGCACUGAAAUAUUAUCCGACCUGCCAGAUGAAUUUGAGAUCCAAAGUUGACUCUUUCAGACCAAGGGAUUGCAGCCUAAACAUAUAAAAGCAGUUUAUGGUCAACUGCUCUGGCGUUGCCUCCAAAGACAAAAAAACCUCCUUGUCUUUUAGACUUCUCGUUUGUGCUGCUGGUGAUCAUGCUAGCAGCACCGAGCAGAUUCGGAUGAUAAACCAGAGAGCACAUGCAAGAUAAGUGACGUGAAAUCGAGCCCGAAAAUAAAACAAACAUGACAUAAAGGAAGGAAAAGAGCGGCAAGCCAAACAAUAUAGAGAGCAGGAGAAAGUCCAAAUAGGGAAGUCAUACUUUCUCAGAGCUUGGACUAUUGUUAUUAAUAAUGGGUGGAGGCUUAUCCUGAUGUAAUAUCUUAAUAUUACAUUGUCCUGUGACCUUGAGGCGAAAUGUGGCCAACAGUAUUCAAUGGGCUUUGAGUGACAUGAAAGGAUGGUGUUGGAGCUGAAAGGGAAGGACAUGAUGUCAACUCUGAGACAUCCACAGUUAGAUGGUGCUGACACCUUUACACACACACACGACAUAUACCUUUCUCAUUAACCUUUCGUAGGAGCAGUUGACUUUAGGCACUUAAAGAAGUCGCUUGAUAAAUAAUUAAGCUUCGAAUGACUAGUGGCAAUUAUUCAGUCAAAGCUAAUUCUCCAAAUUGUUUAAAGAUAUAGAGCUAUGCUCUGUGAAAUUGAAAAAUGGUGUAAUGGCUUUCCUCCUCUUCGUCUGAAGAGGAGAGGCGAGAAGGAUCGGAGGACCAAUAUGCGGCGUGGUAAGUGUCCAUAUCGUUUUUAAUAACAAAAACCCUGAACACUAUGAAAUACAAAAACAAUAAACGAAUACGUGGAAUGACAAAACCGAAACAGUACCGUGUGGUGAAAAACACAGACACGGAAACAAACACCCACAAACAAACAGUGAAACCCAGGCUACCUAAGUAUGAUUCUCAAUCAGAGACAACUAAUGACACCUGCCUCUGAUUGAGAACCAUACUAGGCCGAAACAUAAAAAUCCCAAAAUCAUAGAAAAACAAACAUAGACUGCCCACCCCAACUCACGCCCUGACCAUACUAAAUAACGACAAAACAAAGGAAAUAAAGGUCAGAACGUGACAAAUGGUCUCAAGUAGUCUCUUAAAAGUAAAUAAGUAAAAGGGACUGAACGAUUCAGGAGGAGUCCAUUACCCUCAUUGGCCAGACUUCUAAAAGUAAAGUUAAGUGUGGAAUUGCGUAUAGACUAUAAGGAUAGGCUAAAGAUGAUCCAAACGUCCAAACCCUUUAGUCUGUAGCUCCCAGGUGGCAAUAACUGGGAGUAAAUGGUGUGUGUGUGUACCACAACAUAACAUAACAAAGUCAUGGCUGCUUUACUCUGCAAUUACAGCACCUCUACGGAAGGCUAUCAUUCAGGUACCAAACUUUAGUAAACCCUGCUGGAGAGAGAGUUCACCUUUUUGACGUUUCAUCUUAUUUUCUACUUUCAAAUGUGAACUAUCCCUGAUGGGAAUAUUUUUCAUUUGUGACUAACUGGUCUGUAUGAAGAUUGAUUAUGUUAAUAAUAACUUUUUUUUAUGAGCAGUGUGGGAAGGCAAAGGCCCCAGUGGACUGUCUCCCCUAUUUCAAAUGAGUCAGGGAGCUAAGAGUCAAGUCUGCUAGGAAAACGUGAGUCCAAAUCAUCUAUCUUGCUGUGACUGACCUAGAGGGACCAGACUGAAUGUAUGCCAUGACCUCCAGGAAUGUGGAAAUAGUGUUUGGUGUGGAGUGUACAGUAAUCAAGCCACAUUGUGUAGAUCUAGAUGACAUGGGUGUGCGAAUGAUUUAAUUAAAAAUAUAUAAUAUAUAUAUAUUUAACUUUUAUUUAACUAGGCAAGUUAAGAACACAUUCUUAUUUACAAUGACUGCCUAGGAACAGAAAGGAGCAUAAGAGCGAGAACAAGAAUGAUAAGGGAGUCAAGGAGCUUUGGGACUAUCAUUAUUUGGUGAACACAGACACGAGACAAAACGUAGAAUAAAGGAUUUCCUUAUAUCACAGAACAGAAAGAACCACACUGUCCUCUCCUAUCUGGUGUCCCAGAGUGUUUUCAAGGUAUUUACCCCCUUCUCUCUCCGUUCAACAGCUGCCCUCAGUGUCACCAGCACAGAAACUUAAUUACCACAAGGGACAUUCCCAUUUAAGUCAAUGUUCUGUGUAGCCAUGAGUGUGAAAUUGCCGUGGACUGACGGGCUUUGUCCAUUCUAGUUUUCCUUAUUUAUAUGGACUUCAGACAAGCACCAAGCACUGUAAAGCAAGCAUCAUUGUUCUCCUUUCCGAGGUUAACAACAGCAGGACGGAAGGGCAGAGGGAGCACCUUCUUCCUCCCUAAAGUACCCCCAGCUGCCAAGACCCCAGUCAGGUACAUUGUCCUGGUGCUGAUCUAAGUAAGACGGGGCCUGCAAAGUGCCAACAAGCACUGAGGAAAACCAUAAUGAGCUGGUCUGGGGUAUUUAUUUUUAACACUGACAGCAGGACUGCUUAGCCUGCUGGGUGUGAGAAAAAACGAUGGAAGAGUUUUUUUCUCAAAGCGCAGAGAGACUGGUUUUCUUGAGUACGGGCGAUUUCCUUUUAAGUGCCGUGGCAGUAGGAAAUCAUAUUGUUUGACAUUGCUUCCUCGACUGCCUAGGGGGGAGACAGGAUGGCGACCAAGACCCCUCAGACAGAAAUGCAAAGGGAGGCCGUUCCAGAGGUGUGGUGUGUGACGGGUGAUGGCCGACUGGAGUCUCCUGGGCAACUUCUUGGAAGAGGUGCAGGAGCACUCGACGUCUGUGGGCAAGGUGUGGCUCACCAUCCUCUUCAUCUUCCGUAUUCUGGUCUUGGGCACGGCCGCCGAGUCGUCGUGGGGCGACGAGCAGGAGGACUUCACCUGCGACACGGAGCAGCCCGGUUGCGAGAACGUUUGUUACGACACGGCCUUCCCCAUCGCCCACAUCCGCUACUGGGUGCUGCAGAUUGUCUUCGUGUCCACGCCGUCGCUCAUCUACAUGGGCCACGCCAUGCACACGGUGCGCAUGGAGGAGAAACGCCGGCGCAAGGAGCAGGAGGACCAGGGGGGAGGUGACGGGGAGGAAGGAGGAGGGGAAGGCGGAGAGGAGAAGCAUUAUCUGGAGCACGGGGAAGAGAAGGGGGGAGAGUGCGGGAAGGAGGGCAGCGGCAUGGGGAGGGUGCGUCUGCGCGGGGCGCUGCUGCAGACUUACGUGUUGAGCAUCCUGAUCCGGACGCUAAUGGAGGUGGUCUUCAUCGUGGUGCAGUACAUCCUCUACGGGGUCUUCCUCAACGCUCUGUACGUGUGCCACAGCCGGCCCUGUCCCCACCCGGUUAACUGUUACGUCUCGCGGCCCACGGAGAAGAAUGUGUUCAUCGUGUUCAUGCUGGCCGUGUCGGGCGUGUCGCUGUUUCUCAGCGCCGUGGAGCUCUACCACCUGGCCUUUAAGCAGUGUCAGAGGUUUCUGAGGAGGAAACGACAACAGCAGCAACAGCAGCAGCAACAGCUGCUACAAGGACGCACGCCUUCAAGUGCUACGGUCAUCACCGCUGAACCUGACAGCCCACCCCGUCCAUCCAUGUCCUGCACCCCACCCCCAGACUUCAGCCAGUGUGUGAGCUCUUCCCCUCACACACACCCCAUGCACACCCAAUCCCACCCCCAUCCUAGCUGCCCCCCUUUCAACAACCGGCUGGCCCACCAGCAGAACUCAGUCAACAUGGCCACUGAGCGCCACCGUGUUGUCCACAAUGACCUUGAAACGGAAGACUUCCUGCACGUGACCUAUGAGGGGCACGCCGACACGCCCAACGCCUGCACCCCGCCCCCUUCGCUGCUCCAAAACGGCUUCCAAAAUGGUUUCCUGAAGGACAAGAGGCGUUUGAGCAAGACCAGCGGCUCCAGUAGCCGUGUGCGACCCGAUGACUUGGCUGUAUAGCUCCAAUUCCCAACACACACACUGUCCCUGGAUCGUUUCAAACACACACACCCAAGACUGGGAUGACUAUUACUCAUCUGUUGUCGGGGACUAAUUUGAACACUGCAUGGCACAUGGUGACGCCGAUAACUUCAGAACAAAGUCGACUCGAAAUACAAAGGUGCCAAUGUGUUUGCAAUUGAUACAAACAAGCGACAAAUGCAAAUAUGCUUCAAAUGAAAACCCGAGAUGACUGCAUUAAAAUAUAAACAGUAGGCCUAUUUCAAUAAUAUUGAAAUACAUUUCACGUUCAAUCAAUUGAGUUCUAUUUUGUUCAGGGGCACAACUUUGGUUUUAGAAGUGGGGGGGACAUAAAUAUAUAUAUAUAUGUUUAUCCAGUCAGAUAAACACUCCAAAAAUGCAACUUCAGAAUGUGGGGGGGACAUGUCCCCGUCCACAGUGAAAGUUGCACCCCUGAUUUUGCUAGUGUCAGUAUUUGUCUCAACAUAUUCCCUGAUGUGUGCGCAAUGAUGUGCCAAAUCGGUGAUUUGGUGCAUUUUCAUUGGGUAAGCAUUAUUCAUAAAAACUGCCUCAAUGGGAGCUGAUCCGUUGUCAGUAUUGUGAAAUAAUUAUAAUGUUAAGGAAAUAUUUGAAUGGAGAAAGCUGAUCCGAGACCAGCGCUCUUUUUCUUUAGAGCCUAUCAGUAUCAAUGCUCCAACGACGCACUUUGCGACCGUUCUCUCUGCAUGGUGUUUUGGCAGAUGCAUGUUACAUCUUCCUUCGGUCGUUGUAGGAAAGAUGCAUUGUUAAAACACUCAUAAGCCUAAAUUCCAUCGCUAUCAGAAAACCGGGCAGAGACCUUGACCGCGAAUCUUGCCAAACGAGUGCCCGUCUAUUGUCAAGGAAAGACCGUUUUAGUAAGCCAGAAAGGAAUUCUCUUCAUUUUUGGAAAGGCAUUCCCUUUCAGAAUUAGCAAACAGAAGGGCUGAUUUAUAUAUAUGUAAAAAUAGGAUCUAGCUUUUUUAUCUGGCAAAGUAUGUGGUCAGAAACUGAAAUAGUUUUGCACUGGUUUACAGAAUCUGUGUGCAGUCUUUUUUUUAAAUCUCAGAUUUGCGUUUUGAAAUGUUUAACUAAAUCUAAAUACGAAUUAACAAAAAAAUGUUGUCUAGCUAAUUUUCAACACAUCUUUGUUUAAUGUGAAUUAUAUUGUAUUGGGGUGGUGUCAUUGUAAUCACAUUUUUGUCAACUUUGCACUUUAGCAAAAGGCAAUGUGAAAAUCUGUAUCUUUAGUGUUACAAAUCUUUUCAUGUUAAUUUUGUGUGUAAAAGUAUAUAUUGUCUGCCGUUAAAAACACAUUUACCCCUGACACAUGAUAGGAAUUUGCAAGCUGUCUUAUCUACUCAUUUUUCAAGUAGAGCGAUUCUAUUUUGCACACUGAUGACAACGUUCACUGUACUAUCUGCACUAUAUUGUAUAUUGACUGUGUAUGGUAAAGACCACUGAUUCCCUUCGCAUUAAGACAAAAUGUCAAACGAGCACAAACUCAAUAUAUACAUCCCAUAUGUACCAUG